AUGGAGUGGAAACCCAUCUUGUUCACUGGCCUCUCUCUGGCCUUAUGUGUGUUUCUCGACCUGACUCUCGCCACCCCAUCUGGACCCGCCUCGGCCACCUGUGCUACACUCGAGCAAAGCCGCUUUUUUGGUGUCUUCUCAUCCAAAACAGCACUUCCUGCAUCCCCCUGCUCGUGGACCCUGCAGAACCCUGACCCUCGUCGCUACACUGUCUACAUGAAGAUCACCAAGCCAGCCGAAUCCUGCACACCACGCCAGAUCAAGACCUUCCAGUUCGACUCAUUCCUGGAGACUUCACGAACCUACCUGGGCAUGGAAAGCUUUGACGAGGUAGUGCGCCUGUGUGAUGCUACAUCUGCAGUGGCCUACCUUGAGUCCAGCAAGCAGUUCCUGCAGCUCAGGAAGGUGGUGCCCCGCAUUGGGACAGAGCUCCUAGUGGAAGAGGAUGGAAAUGAUGAUGAGGGCAGCCAGUUCAGUGCCGAGUUCCUGGUCGUGGGUAAGAGGAACCCUAGCGUGCCUGCCUGUGAGAUGCUCUGCAAGUGGCUGGAAGAUUGUCUGACAACCAGUUCCCAAGGCAAUCCCUGUGGAAUCAUGGCCACACCAUGCCAGUGCUGGGAGCCACCAAAGAGGAGGCCAGGAGGGUGCUACAGGGGUGGAGUCUACAUGGACAAAUGCACACCCACUAUUAGAGAAAACAACAGGGAUGCUGAGAUCAUGAAAGGUUGGUCUGGUUGGGCCCGCUGGUCUGAGUGCAGCAACGAGUGUGGAGGCGGUGUCCAGGUGCGCAGCAGAGCAUGCCAACCUGAAGAUGGCAUCUGUGAGGGUGUGGUUGAGGAGGCCAAAGCUUGUAACCCCCAACCCUGCAUUGGUAAAAUGCGCCAGCGUAGCCAGGCUCUGCGUUCCAUCAUUGGCCUGAGGAGAGACAAUGGAGAGGAGAUAACAAACAUUGUCUUAAUCAACCUCUUGGUUGUAGAUGGAGUUCAGGAUCAGUGGUCCUCAUGGAGCUCCUGUUCUGUUAGCUGUGGUGAGGGCUGGCAGAGUCGCACACGCAACUGCAUGACAUCUGGAAACAGCGUGAUGUGUAUCGGCCCUUUGAGAGAGAACAGACCCUGCAACAACUCUGUGGUCUGCCCAGUGAACGGAGCCUGGGAUGAGUGGGCACCAUGGAGUCUGUGUUCAUCUACCUGUGGUCGUGGCUAUCGUGACCGUGUCCGUGUCUGCAAGCCACCCAAUAACGGAGGACAACCAUGCACUGGUCCCAGAAAACAGACCAAAUUCUGCAACAUUGCUGUCUGCCCUGUUGAUGGUUCCUGGAACGAAUGGUCUGCCUGGACUCCCUGCUCUGCCUCUUGCUCUAAUGGAACAAUGCAGCGCACACGAGAGUGUAACGGCCCAUCAUACGGAGGCUCAGACUGCCGUGGAGACUGGCGUGAAUCCAGCAACUGCUUCCUUAGAGACUGCCCAGUGGACGGGAGAUGGCUCUCCUGGAGCUCUUGGGGCAGCUGCAGUAAGACAUGUGGAGGAGGCAACCAGCAGAGGCAGAGAGUGUGCGAGGGACCAUUCUUUGGUGGAGAGCCCUGUAUCGGUGACAAAGCUGACCUUAGGCGCUGCAAUGAGAAGAGAUGCCCAGAACCCCAUGAGAUCUGUGGUGAGGAGAGCUACGGAAAUGCUGUGUGGAAAAGAACUCCAGCUGGUGACACUGUAGCUGUUCCAUGCCCCUCUGACGCAACAGGCUUUGUCCUCCGCCGAUGCACCCUGGACGCUAUCGGUUUGGCCUUGUGGGGAAACCCCAGCUACAUCAAAUGCGUCUCCAAAGAAUACCAAUACAUCCAAGCCCUGACCCAAGAGCAGUUCUCUAAGUCCCAGGCAGGAGUGCAGGUGGAUGGCGUGUCUGAAAUGCUGUCCAGGCUUAGGAUGACCUCAAACGAUGCAACAAAGUACAGUGGGGACUUGCUGGCGGUCAUGGAAAUGCUGAGGAACACUUCACAGAUCUUCAGAAGUGCUGGUUACAGUGUUGUCGAUGUAGAGAACUAUGUCCAGACAAUCAGCAAUUUACUGAAAGAGGAACACCAUGGGAAAUGGCAAGAAGCACAGUUGAUGGGGGUGAACAUUAGGGAGCUGUUCAGCUUGAUCGAAGACUUCAUUGACAUCAUUGGCAAGCAGAUGAGAGAUUUCCAAGAUAUUUAUGAGAUGACUGAGAACUUUGUGCUGAGCAUCCAGAAGCAUCCCAAAACUAUGACUUCAGAUGUGACCUUCCCCAUGAAGGGAUGGAGAGGCAUGAUGGAGUGGGUCCGCAAUUUGGAUGAGAAAAUCGUAGUGUCACGCAACGCCCUCAGUCUGGAUGUGCCAGAUGCUGAAGACCGCACUGGCUUUGUAACUGGCAUUGUUCUCUACAGAAAUCUGGGCCCUAUCCUGUCUGUUCAGAGUAACAGCACCUUGCUGAACUCCAAGGUUGUCACGGUAACGGUGAAGCCGAACCCCGGUUUCCUGUCCACCCCAGUAGAGAUCGAGUUCCCUCACCUGCACAAUGACACUGUCAAUGAGACAUGCAUUGCCUGGGAUGAGAGUGAAACUGAGUCGUUGCUGGGCUCGUGGUCGGCACGCGGCUGCAGAGCGCUCGCGCUCGAUUCAGGCAGGACCAGGUGCGCAUGUGAAGCUCUCUCCACGUUCGCCAUCUUAGCACGGCCGAACCCCGAAUCGAACAUGGAUAAGAACCUGUUGCCAUCAGUUACGUUGAUCGUGGGAUGUGGCGUUUCAUCCUUGACGCUGCUACUGCUCAUCAUCAUCUAUGUCUCCGUUUGGAAAUAUAUACGCUCUGAACGCUCAGUCAUCCUCAUCAACUUCUGCCUGUCAAUCAUCUGCUCCAAUGCUCUCAUCCUGAUUAGUCAGACCCAGGCUCGCAACAAGGUCAUGUGCACCCUGGUGGCAGCCUUCCUCCAUUUCUUUUUCCUGUCCUCUUUCUGCUGGGUUCUGACAGAGGCAUGGCAGUCGUAUAUGGCCGUGACUGGUCGUCUGCGCAACCGCAUCAUCCGCAAGCGUUUCCUGUGCCUGGGCUGGGGUCUGCCCGCACUCGUCGUGGCUGUUUCUGUAGGCUUCACCAAGGCCAAGGGAUACGGCACUGUCAACUACUGCUGGCUGUCUCUUGAGGGAGGGCUUCUGUACUCAUUUGUUGGACCUGCAGCUGCUGUUGUGUUGGUGAACAUGGUGAUUGGUAUUCUCGUCUUUAAUAAGCUUGUUUCGAAGGAUGGGAUCACAGACGUGAAGCUGAAGGAGAGAGCAGGGGCGUCUCUGUGGAGCUCUUGCGUGGUUCUCCCCCUGCUGGCUCUGACCUGGAUGUCGGCCGUAUUGGCCAUCACAGACCGGCGCUCGGCUCUCUUCCAGAUCCUCUUCGCCGUCUUCGACUCGCUCGAGGGCUUCAUCAUCGUCAUGGUGCACUGCAUCCUGCGACGAGAGGUACAAGAGGCUGUGAAAUGUCGCGUUGUUGAUCGUAAGGAUGAUGGGAACGGCGACUCUGGGAGCUCGCUGCAGAACGGCCACACGCAGCGCUUGGUGAGUGUCACACACACACACACACACACAGACAUACACAGAUCAACACAUUCAGCGCUAACUCAGGAAGAAGCAUUUGCAUUCUCAUGCAUUUUACAUGAUGGCCUGCAGCACUCGCAAAGAGCUGUUGAUUUAAUUUUAAUCCACUCUGUUUUCUCCUCCCUCUCUGUUUUCUCUCGCUCACAGGGUGACUUUGAAAAGGAUGGUGACUCAAACAGACCAGGUGGUAUGAAGACCUCUUCAGAGGAGAAAAUGCCUCUCCCCCAGCUGCCUCUUCCAAUGGGUCCCAACUUCCACACACUGCCUUCAAAGCCUAGCGCCAAGACACACGUGCCUCCCAUGCCCGACUACUCCAGCCACACUCUGACCCUGCGUCGCGAUAAGAGCCAUCGAGGUGAGCCGCCCUGCUCCAAGCCCAUCUACGUGUGCGACAGCGACAUCUUCACGCAGAUGGACCCUGAGCUGGUGCGUGUGCCGACUGAAGGUGGCGCUCCCGACGCAAGCGGCUACAUGCUGAUGCCCAACACCACGUCCACACUACGUUCCAAGCCCAAGGACGACAUCUCUUCUGCUAAGUACAACAUCAGCGUUGAGCAGCUGCCUCAGGCACGCAUCAUGCAUCUGGGGAGCGGAUACGCCGAGCCACAGGCCGCCUACGCCACCAAGCCGGUAACUGCCGACCGCGCCAGCGUGUCAUACUCAGAACGCGACUCACCCCUGCAGAACGUGCACAAUAUUUCCAGCGAGAGCCACGUCACCAGUUUGCUAGGAGACACCUUCGACUCCAUGAACUCCAUGAUGUCGAAAAGCGAGACCAUCUCUACACUGUCCAUGAGCUCGCUGGAGAGGCAGAAAUCUCGUUAUGCUGAGCUCGACUUUGAGAAGAUCAUGCAUACGCGAAAGCGCCAUCAGAACAUGUUCCAGGACCUCAACAGGAAAUUACAUCAUGCUGAGAAGGACAGAGAAUCACCUGCUUCUGACAGCAAGUCUGUGAGGUGGAGCGUGUCUUCUGCAGGAAGUGACAAAACAAGCCACAGCGAUAAACAGCAAGCACUGGGUGAGCGUUCAUGGGAGACCAUGCCCCGAUCACAGGCAUCGCCACCAUCGUGGGUGCGAAAGGAGCUCGAGCCUUUGGCAGCAUCGCCCUUGGAGAUGCCCUCUGUGGAGUGGGAGAAGCCUGGCACUGCCAUCCCUCUUGUAGGCCAGGACAUCAUCGACCUGCAGACGGAAGUGUGAGGCCCUUACCAAAAAAAAAUCCUGUUUACCCUGGCUCCUUUUGGUUUGGGAAAGAAGAGGGAGAGGGCGGAAUCAGAAGGGAAAAUUGGGAGGUCAAGAAAGAUAUAUAGAUCGUAGGGGUGGAGAGGGAGAGAACCAAAAACCAUGUCCUGAUAUCCAAAGAAUUAAUGAGGGGAAUAAAUGAGAAGGUUUGCGUAGUUUGGGAUUUGUGUAGCCUCAAGUAAUGGUAAUUAACAUGCAGGAGGAAGGGGGAGGGGAUCUAAUGGAUGGAUGGAUCUGAUGGAGUGGCUUUGGUUCUCCUCUGGGCACAGUAAGGUUCUCGUUUUUUUCCGCCAAGAGCUUCUCCCGUAAAUCUUCCGUCUGGUCCAGGAGAGGUGUGGUCUUCAUGCCUGUGCCUUUUGUUCAGUUUUCGUUCGACUUCAGUAUGAAAAGGGUGACCGGUUGCUCGGCUCCUUGAGCUCGACCUCUUCCAGUGUCUCUGCUCUCACCAUGAGAGAAGGACUGGCACCGAGUGACUUCCCAGACUUCCCAGCCCCGUGGCUGUUUUUCACCCUGAGGUGAACGGACGCAUGUUGCCAGCUGUCUGCGCUGUGGUUAUCGUUUUUUUAUAUCGCUUUUGCGUAGCGCUGCUUCUCAAGAGCUUAUUACAGACUCUUCCACUGAACUCUAUUCAGAGUCUAAUAAGCAUAACUUUCCUGGACUCAAGGCUUGAAUAGGACUGUCAGAGCUGAACAUUAUUUUUAUUGUUUAAACUGUCAUUGUUAUUAUGUAAUAUUGUUCAGAUUUUAUGAUGAAGCUAUGAUUUAUAUUUAUAAGAUUAAUUUUCUUGUUUUGUUGUUAUUUGUUUUCUGCUUGUAUUUGU